CUUACCACGCACAUGUGGAACCGCGCGACGCUCCUCUCACAUUCCUACCUAACGUAAAACAGCUGUGUUGUUCGCGAUAGAAUCGCUAGUAAAGCGAAAAAAUCGCGUAACGAUCGGUGCGAGUGUGAUAAGUAUCACGAAGAAUUAAGAUAAACUGUUAUAAAGAGCGAAAAGCACGAUAAAACGAGCGAUCUCAAAUUAGCGCUCGAAGUAAUUUUAGCUGGUGGCAUUUCCGCGAUCAAAAGCUCGCCUAGUGAUCGGUUGAGUGGGAGCGGUAAUUCGAUCCGCAAGCGGUGAGGGAACUGGGGGAAGUGGAAAAUUGAAAGCGGAAUGUUUGUGCAUCUCUCCGUCCGGAUUGACGAUAAUGCUCGUUUCGUGCUCGAACGGUUAUUACGCUGUGCGUAGAAAAGUGAGUCCCUAUGGCACUCGAGGAUCAUUCGCGCUACACCAGGGUGCGGCAGCCACGAUUAAUAACUGAAGCGUCCUUCUCACACGUGUCACCGGUCGUACGUGUCACAUGACGCUGUGUGUCCUGCACGCGACACAAAAAUUCAAUUUGCUCGAAAAGUCGCGAUUCCUCGAAUCAUCACGGAAAACUGGACUCCGCACUGGCAGCGCAACUGAUUUAUAAAAAAAUUAAUGAAUCAUCAUCCUCUUUAAUCGACCACUUCAUUUCGCGAAGAUGAAUGUCAGUCUGAACUUUACGCUGGAACCCACGGGAUAUACGUGCGGCAAGUGCUUGGAAUCCUUCCACGAUUGGUAUACUCAGGUGCACGGUUGGGCUAGUCUAUUGGUAUGCAUAUUCGGCUCAAUCGCCAAUGUGCUCAAUAUCGCCGUGCUGACGCGUCGCGAGAUGCAAUCGCCCACUAACAUGAUUCUCACCGGUCUCGCCGUGGCUGAUCUCCUUGUAAUGAUCGAGUACAUUCCCUACGCAAUCCACAUGUACCUCUAUCAACGAUCCCGCAGAGAUACCUUCACUUACGGCUGGACCAUCUUCGUGCUGUUCCACUCGAACUUCACCCAAGUAUGUCACACGACCUCGAUCUUCUUGACGGUGACUCUGGCGGUCUGGAGAUACAUCGCGGUGGCACAUCCACAGAGAAAUCGCGAGUGGUGCAGCAACAAGCGCACUUUUCUGAUGAUCGCCUUCGCUUAUGUGUCCUCCCCGAUACUUUGCAUACCGCUUUACCUCAACACCGAAGUGAGGCCGCAAGUGGAAGUGUUAGACGAAAAAGGGAUGAGCAUAAAUAUGACAAAACUCGAGCAGACGGUCAACAGCACGGUCGCGUAUCCCGAAGGCACUAACACCACGCUGUAUUUCGUGAAACUCGCCGAAUCUCCGAUAAGCAAUGUUCUCAAGGACAUCAACGUCUGGAUCUACAGUGUGGUGAUCAAGCUAAUACCAUGUGUGGCUUUGACGGGAUUGAGUAUCAAGCUGGUUAAGGUGUUACUGGAGGCAAAACAACGGCGGAAGAAACUCACUACAAAGAACACCGCGAUCAAGAUGGGCAAUGGCAAGGGGAACGCUUGCGAGAAACCCAAGAAGAGAAGAAAGGGCAACGAUAAAGAGAGACAGACUGACAGGACUACAAUGAUGUUGUUGGCGGUGCUCCUGUUAUUCCUCGUCACGGAAAUGCCGCAGGGCAUUUUAGGAUUGCUCAGCGUUAUGUUGGGUCCGAGUUUCUUCAACACGUGCUACGUGAUGUUGGGCGACGUGAUAGACAUUCUGACACUUAUAAACUCGGCCAUCAACUUCAUCUUGUACUGCGCCAUGAGUCGACAAUUUCGCACAACCUUCAAUCAGCUAUUCUGCAAUCGAUGGCGAUUAAUCGGCAGAUGGAUGGCGGUGCCGCAUCAACCGAUGGAGAACAAUGGGCACACCGGGACCAAUCACACGGUGACCCAGGUCACCCAGGUCUAGCGUCGAAGAAAUCAACGAACCUUUUGCUAUCCAGUGUAAACAGCUCGCUGGACUAGCUUCCUUUUAAACACGUGUACCGCGAGAAUGGAAAGAAGGUAUUUCCUCCGCGGUUCUCCGUUCGCCAACAUGGCGGCAAGCAAAGAGAGGUGAAAUUUAUUUGCUCGCUACUGCCACCGGUCUUAAUUGCAUCGUCGUUGCGAACUUUACAACGCCCGGGGCGUCUUCAAGCGUCGGCUUACGUCCCGGGCGUACGACACACCAGAUAUGUAACAAAUAUUUGUUUAAGUUAGUUGGCGAAUCGUUAUGUUUUUCCAACAUGUUUCUUUUUAAUUUUGCAUGUUACUUAUCAGUUACAUUGCAACGUGUCCGACUGCCGUCGAAUUGACGAUACGCACAAUUAUAUACAUAAAAAACAAAUGUUGUGAUAGGUAUGUGAAAACCGUCAGAUUAUUGUUAUUAGUGAUUUUAUAAUGCCAUCGUACUUCCAUAUUUAUAAGAUGUAUCUUCAAUUAAAAAAUUAUCAAUUUUCCAGAUGACUGUAUCAGAAAUUAUAAAACUUAUUACAUGAAUAGCGAAUUUUUAUUCACAAACACUACUUCUUGUUCAUUAUAAAUUUUUAAUUAAAGCAAAAUUAGAAGCUUGUACAUCAUUUCGCAACAAGUCACUU